AUGGCAGCGCCCAGCAGAAGAAAAAUGUUCGCAGCAAAAUUCUCUGUUUUACCAAAUUUGUGUGAGAUUCAUCCUUUAUAUUUACAGUUGAAUGAACAGCAGUAUGAUUUAGUGUUUGAAAAUAAUGAAAAUGAUCAUGCAAUUGGGGCAGUAAGUAAGAAAACAGCCACCCCAGGAUUUCCAUCAUUACAAGUCAGUGUUUACAAGUCCAAAGUGCACAUUCCCUCCUCUUCUUGUAUUGAAAAUGCCGAUUUGGAAGAGACGAACUUGCUCCUGGGAUGCACAGAAACUUUUCUACAUCACUACGGUUUCUCCGUAGAGGAUGACAUAGUGUUACACUCAGUGGAAUCUUUCCCCAUGAAACGAGUUGUAAUUGUUGCUAAGACUGUAGAGGCGUAUCACUGGGCCACAAACUCCAUGUGCUCCCCCUCCCUGCUAAUCAACAUAUGCAAGGGACCAGUCCUUGUUAGAAAACAGGAUGUAUUGCUGCUACCCACCAAUCUUAGUCUGUCACAUGGCUCUAGAGGCAAGGGCACCCCACCAGUUGCUGUCCAGUUUGAUUUAGUAGUGUUGGAGUGUGAGCCGAUAUGUCAAGGUAUUCUAUCAGUAAUCACUGAGAUUGUAGUCACAAAGAUCAGUGGAUUGAAUAAUGAGCACAAGCCAGCUGAUGCCACUGCGAGUGACUCCUCUGAUUUGACUGAAUUUCACCCUCCAGUACUUUCAGAGUUUGCAAAGCCAAUCACAGAUGUACUUAGUGGUAAAGCAACUCAUAGUGACAUCACUGUUGACAGAGGUUCAUCUGAUGAUUGUAUUUACAAGUUAUUCUGUGUAGAUUCCAAGGAGGAAUGGGAUAACAUGUGCAUUGGUUAUAUGAAGAAACAUGACAUAAAAGAUCCCAAUACCAUAGGAGUGAUUUCAGUGAAUACUGCAAAACACAAUGGUUUGUACCAUGACAGCCUGGUGCAUUUAACAUUAGUUCUAGUGGAAAGUAGCUCUGAUAGCAAAGGCUUGGAUACCAAAAUCUCUACUGCAACCUCAUCGGAAACAGAAGAUGACAAACAUGAAAGAGACACAACAGAGCUGCUCAAAAGAUAUGCGUCUUUGUCAGUCUCAUCUCAUCCAAACAUUGAAGACAACAGCAUUUAUGUCACUCCAGUAUUCAGGCACAACUUGCUGUUCAGAGGGACCAACUUCCCAAGAAACACAAGCAAGUUACAAGUAUCAAUUAAGCCACUGGAAGAGGAUGACAACAAACCUUCACCUAGGUCUUGUAGCACUUCCUGCCAUGCCAAAAUACCAUAUGCCAGAGAAGUUCACAUUUCUGUUGUUCACUCUCCAUGUCACCCUGUGGCAGAGACUCUAGACAGCGUCAUGAAAGAGUAUUUUUCUACUGCAAGGUUAUUGAGUGUGGAUGAUAUUAUAGCUGUUUCAACAAAAGGUAGUGCACAGUGUUUUCAAGAGCUGACGGAGACAGUAGACCAGAGGCUUCCUGUGGUGUAUUUUAAAGUGACCAGGUAUGAACCUACAUAUCCUGGCUGGGACUGCUGCCUUGUAGAUAUCCAACACACCUCUUUGUUUCAGGCAGGCAUUGUACAAAGUUACUUACCUGUAACUACUCAGUUUUGGGAUGGUCCCCAAACAUUCUGCCCACCAUUACACUUACCAAAGGGUCUCAAGAAAAUAAAGGAACAAGUGGAAGCACUGUGCCUACCUUACCUAAACUCCAGUUCCAGACAGUCUCUUUCUUUGGCCUCAUUUCUACUGAAGGGUCCAGUGGGAAGUGGGAAAGGCAUUGUUGUGAGAGCAGUAGCAUGUGCUCUUAGUAUGCAGGUCUACAAGGUAUGGACUUCUGUUGUUUAUGUAGCUAUGUGA